AUGUACCAUCCACGAGAGUUGUACCCCUCCCUGGGGACCGGCUACCGCCUAGGGGCCCCCCAGCCCGGAGCAGAUUCCAGCUUCCCGCCUGCCCUGGCAGAGGGCUACCGCUACCCCGAUCUGGACACUCCCAAACUGGAUUGCUUCCUCUCCGGGAUUGAGGCUGCUCCCCGAACUCUGGCCGCUCCCCCACCUCUACCCCCGCUGCCCCCAACCCUGGGCACUGAGCCGCCCCCUCCAGCCCCAGAGGGCCUUCAUCCACUCCCUGGAGUCAGCCUGAGCCUGGAGAACCGGGAGUUGUGGAAAGAGUUCAACUCCGUGGGAACAGAGAUGAUCAUCACCAAAGCUGGGAGGCGCAUGUUCCCUGCUUGCCGAGUAUCAGUCACUGGCCUGGAUCCCGAGGCCCGCUACCUGUUUCUUCUGGAUGUGGUUCCGGUGGACGGGGCUCGCUACCGCUGGCAGGGCCGGCGCUGGGAGCCCAGCGGCAAGGCAGAGCCCCGCCUGCCUGACCGCGUUUACAUUCAUCCUGACUCCCCUGCCACCGGUGCCCACUGGAUGCGGCAGCCUGUGUCUUUCCAUCGUGUCAAGCUCACCAACAGCACGCUGGACCCCCAUGGCCACCUGAUCUUGCACUCCAUGCAUAAGUAUCAGCCCCGCAUACACCUGGUGCGGGCCGCCCAGCUUUGCAGCCAACACUGGGGGGGCGUUGCCUCCUUCCGCUUCCCCGAGACCAUGUUCAUCUCCGUGACAGCCUACCAGAACCCACGGAUCACACAACUGAAGAUCGCAGCCAACCCCUUUGCCAAGGGCUUCCGGGAGAAUGGCAGAAACUGUAAGAGGGAGCGAGACGCCCGUGUGAAGAGGAAACUGCGGGGCCCAGAGCCAGUAGCCACAGCGACCUAUGGGAGUGGAGAUGCACCAGGUGGUCCCUGUGAUUCCACACUGGGUGGGGACGUUCGUGAGUCGGAUCCAGAGCAGGCCCCAGCGCCCGGGGAAGCUGCCCCGGCCCCAGCUCCUCCCUGUGGUGGCCCCAGUGCUGAGGCCUACCUUCUUCACCCUGCAGCUUUCCAUGGGGCCCCUGGUCACCUUCCGACCAGGAACCCCAGCUUCCCUGAGGCUCCAGACUCUGGGCGCCCAGCCCCCUACUCAGCUGCCUUCCUGGAGCUGCAGCCCGGGCCAGCAGGCUCAGGAUACCCAGCAGCGGCACCCCCAGCGUCCUUUGCCUCGCACUUCCUCCAAGGGGGCCCCUUCCCUCUGCCCUACCCUGGGCCUGGGGCUUACCUGGAUGUGGGCUCCAAACCAAUGUACUGAACCUUUGCUAAGCCCCUCUGCCUCCCUCCCCGUCUUCCAUCACAAACCUCCAGUUCCCCUC